AUGGACACCUUACCGAAAGUCCGUGUUCUUUACAAUGAUUCGGUUACCAACGACCUCACAUUUCGUAUUGACGGUAGAAUAUAUUUUGCUCAUAAAUGUAUUCUCAGUCUACAAUCCGAAUGGUUUAGGAAAUAUUUUGAUUCUCAUGGAGGGUUUCAGGGAGAAGACAAACAUUUAUAUUUGGACUUAAGUUGCUCGAAAAAAUUCGUUAUAGAAAAAUGGCAUGAUGUCGAAAGUAUGCUACUGAAAAAUGAUUUUAAAGAACAUCAAGUAAGGAAUGAGGUAACUAAUGAAAAAAUUAGAGUCAAGAAUGUGAAUCUGGAACGUCGUCAAGAAGACUAUGAUGAAAGUACUUUUCGAUUUGAGAUUUAUUAUAACUAUGAAAUUUUUGGAUAUUUUUUGUCUUACUGUUAUGGUUGGUCAAUUCAGCCAAAAACCACUGAUGAAUUAUUUGCCGUAGCCUAUUUAGCAAAGAAGUUCCAAGUGCCCAGUUUAACGAAAUUUGUCGAUUGCCUCUUGAGACACGUUCCAAAAUCCUGGAAACCCAAUGAACAUAAAUGGAAAGCCGGACUGAUGGUUAGCAAAUGGUUGGUAUUGGUAGAAACUAGACUAUCAAUACUGAAUUUUUUGGCGAGAACUUUGACUGUGACAAAAGGUGCCGAAAAACGUGCGAUGGUGAAAUCUAUUAUUAGAGAUGAGGAUUAUAAUGAAGUUGAAAGGUUAAUGGCGGAAAUUUAUGAAGAAAAUAUAAGGAGCGAGAAUGAAUUUUUUGAAGAUGACGUUCUAGGACUAGAUAAAAAUGGCAAUCUUAUUGGAGUUACUGGUAAUAUUACUAGUGAACAGAGCUCAAGUGACGAAUCGAGCGAAAACUCGUCUUCUACAUAUCAAUCUUCUCUCUUUUCCUCUUCCGAAGACUCUGGUAGUGAAUCGUAA